AAUAUUUUGAUGCUUUUGUUAACAUACCCAUAUAUUCACAUAUAAUUUCCAAAGAGAAUGUUUCGUGGCCAGUACGAUAAUGAUGUCACCGUGUGGAGUCCUCAGGGUCGGCUCUUCCAAGUGGAGUACGCCAUGGAGGCUGUCAGUCUCGGCACAGCGUGCGUUGGCCUGAAAUCGAAGGAUUUCGCUGUUGUCGUGGGUCUCUCUAAGCCAACGAUCGAGAUGGGCCUCAGCCAGCCCAAGAUCACUUCCAUCGAUCAGCAUGUGGGCAUCUGCAUAGCGGGCAUCACGGCGGACGCCCGCGUCUUGGGCACAUAUCUGCGCACCGAGUGCCAUACCUACAAGCACACGUAUGGCUCACUCUAUCCGAUUCAACGUCUGGUCAACAACCUGGGCAACAAGAUGCAGAUCAGCACCCAGCGCUACGAUCGUCGGCCUCUUGGCGUGGGCCUCCUGCUGGCGGGCUACGAUGACAAGGGGAGUCACUUGUACCAGGUAAUGCCCUCGGCGAACGUGUUCAAUUGCAAGGCCAUGGCCAUUGGGAAUAGGUCGCAGGGCGCACGCACUUACCUAAUGAAGCACCAGGACAAUUUCCAGCUCUGCUCCAAUGACGAACUGAUCUGCCAUGGCAUUCAGGCAAUGAGCUAUGCCGCUUCGAUCGAUGAGCCAUUGAAGCUGUCCAUUGGCAUCGUGGGCAAGGACCAACCCUUCAAGAUACUGACUCCUGUGGAAAGCUUGUCGUAUCAGAAGACAUGCAAGCCCCCAGAUACUUCCGAUCUCUCCUGGUUUCCGGAAACUCUUAAGGAAUUCGACAGCUCUGCGGCGAGUACAGCUGAUAGUGCACCGGGUCCAUCAGCACCGCGAACUGAAACAAAUUCACAACCGAAUUUGAGUGUGACGCCAAAGACAUCCAAAAAUCAAGUCGACAAUAAGAAAUCCAGUUAAACUUCCUGUUUUUGAGCACUUAG